ACAUACUCUCUCUCCGACCUUUGUUAUACAUUAUUAUACUUUGAUAGUUUUUGAUUACAUUCAGCCCCCGAGAAAAAAGACCACACUCGCACCCAGCCAAGGUUUGAUCAGAGAAAUACAGAGAAAGAGAACAGGUUUUUCAAAUUCUUCAAAGUCCAAGGUUGCAUGGACUUCUCUGGUCUGUGUUUAUCAGAGGGCCAAUGCAACUUUGGUUGCGGAAAUUGUAAUUGUUAACUUCUUAUAUUGAUACUUAUUUGUGCAAAAAGACUAGUUUAAGAUAACAAAUUAGAAGGAACUGUGUAUUUGGUAAGUCAUGGAGUCUUUGUGGAAGCUUUUAUAUUUGCUGGAGCCAGCACCCAUUACACUCAUUGUGACGGCAGUAGCUGUAACAUUUGGAUCUGCAUUUCGGGCUCUAAAUUACGAGAAAGAAAUGGAGCGAAACCGUGACUUGUCUGAGGCAUCCAUUACAUUAGAUAGGUCCCAAGCACUAAUGAUCCCAGUAAUGAGCUCUUGCAGUUUGCUGUUGAUGUUCUACCUGUUCUCUUCUGUCUCACAACUCCUUACUGCAUUUACAGCCAUUGCCUCUGUUUCAUCACUUUUCUUUUGUCUAUCUCCACACGUUGCAUAUCUGAAGUCACAAUUUUGUUUGACUGACCCAUAUGUGUCACGCUGCUGCUCAAAGUCGUUCACACGAAUUCAAGCUUUAUUAUUGCUGGCGUGCAUAGGUACUGUUGCAGCCUGGCUUGUUUCUGGCCAUUGGAUAUUGAAUAAUUUAUUGGGCAUCUCCAUAUGUAUUGCAUUUGUGAGCCAUGUGCGGCUUCCAAACAUUAAAAUAUGUGCAAUGCUCCUUGUUUGUUUGUUUGUCUAUGACAUAUUCUGGGUGUUUUUCUCCGAGAGAUUUUUUGGGGCAAAUGUCAUGGUUUCAGUGGCAACACAACAAGCAUCAAAUCCUGUUCAUACAGUUGCUAAUAGUUUGAGUCUACCUGGGUCGCAAUUGAUAACAAAAAAGCUGGAGUUGCCUGUGAAGAUAGUUUUUCCUAGGGAUUUGUUGGGUGGAGCAGUUUCUGGAGGAAAUGGUUCAGACUUCAUGAUGCUUGGUCUAGGUGACAUGGCUAUUCCUGCCAUGCUUUUAGCUUUAGUCCUCAGCUUUGAUCAUCGGAAGAUCAGAGAUUCAGUAAAUCUCUUAGACAUAAAUUCUUCGAAGGGGCACAAAUACAUAUGGUAUGCCCUUGCUGGGUAUGCCAUUGGACUGGUAACUGCUUUAGCUGCUGGUGUUUUGACUCACUCACCUCAACCUGCACUUCUGUAUCUGGUACCUUCUACUCUAGGACCUAUUGUUGUGAUCUCUUGGCUAAGAAAGGAGCUAAUGGAGCUAUGGGAAGGAAACAUACUGAACCCAAAUGAAAAAGCUCACCAAACAGAAGUUUGAGACGUUUUAUGAUCCAAUCCAACACAUCGCUGCCUGCAGUACCAAGUGAAAGUUGUAGAUUCACUUGAUAGUUCUUGUUAAACUUAAAUAGAAAAUCAAUUAUGUUUAUUUUGCCUUAUCCAACAUUUGGCAAAAGAGGUUUCCCUCUAAUUGCCCAGCAAUGAUAAUAGGGAAAUUUCAGUUA